AUGGAGUUCCUCGUCCGCUUCUCUCAGGCCCACGAGUCUUUUCGGCUCCCUGAGCUGCAGGCUCUCGCCGAUUUGGAGGGCAUCGACAUGAAGGUUGUGGAGUACAGCCUAGAUUCCCCCUUCUGCAUCAUCACCCUCCCUUCAAUCGACCUCGCCCCCCUCCUGGUCGCCCGCUCCCUCCUAACCCAAUCCAUCCACCUCCUCCUCGCCUCAGCCCCAACCCACGACGCCAUCCACCCCAUCCUCAAAUCCCAACUCGCCUCCCCGUCACCCACAACCUUCGACUGGUCCGCCGUCAGCUCCUCCACCUUCAAAUUCUCCCUAGACACAUACCAAUCCUCCCGCCCCCACGCCUCCUUCGUCUCCCUCAUAAACGGAUACAAAUACCUCCCCCUCCACGGCGCAAUCGACCUCAAGACCCCGGAGCUGCACCUCACAAUCUUCGAAGACUGGGACCUCCGCGGCACAGAGGGUCCGAAACGCGUCCACCUAGCCCGCUUCCUCGCCACGGGAGCACGCUCCCUCUCGCUAAAGUAUGAUCUAAAGAAGAGGGGGUACAUCAGUACCACGUCAAUGGACUCGGAGCUCGCGCUGGUAACGGCGAACCUCGCGCACGCGGGUCCCGGGAAGCUGUUUUACGACCCGUUUGUCGGGACGGGCUCGUUCCCCGUUGCGUGUGCGCAUUUUGGAGCGCUUGGGUUCGGGAGCGAUAUUGAUGGGCGGGCGAUUCGCGGGAGCGGAGGGGAGAAGAGCGUGAAGGGGAACUUUGCGCAGUAUGGGCUUUCGGAGCGUAUCGGCGAGUUCUGGACGGCGGAUUUGACGAAUUCGCCGGUGAGGAGGGUAAGGUGGCUCGAUGGUAUCGUGUGUGAUCCGCCAUAUGGCGUGAGAGAGGGGUUGAGGGUAUUGGGGUGUCGUGAUCCGGAGAAGACGCCGUGGGUUGUUGAAGCAGGAAAACAGCGGUAUAAGUCGGGAGACUUCAUCGCCCCCAAGAAACCAUACAGCUUCCUCGCCAUGCUCGACGACAUCCUCGAGUUCGCCUCCGAGACCCUCGUCGACGGCGGCCGCCUCUCCUUCUGGAUGCCAACCGCCAACGACGAGGACCAGGAGAUCCCUACACCGCAACACCCACGCCUCGACAUCGUCGUCACAUGUGUACAACCAUUCAAUAAAUGGUCCCGUCGACUCAUCACAUACCGGCGCAUCCCCGACAACCAGGUAGACCCGGAAAGACUGGCGGCCUACAAACGCACAUUCGUAGCAGGAACAACAGCAGAUGAGUUGAACCCCUUCCGACGGGGUUACUUCACAAAGUUUGAAAAAGAAGAAGCCUGA